GUGAAAACGAAUUUCGGGCUGAAUCAGUGGGACAGGCGUCUCUUAAGAUCAGUUUCUGUGCUCGAAGGUGUUGCGGAAACAGAAGAAACAUCAAAAUAAUGCAGUUCCUGUGAUCGGGCCAGUAAUCAAGAAAUAUUACCAAAAUAAAGGACAGCCAACGAGGCAACUACUAUCACAGGACAGGAAGAGAUCCCUCGGAUGUCGGCCGCUACCCACAUGGCUCUGCCAGCCCACGCCGUGGACCCUCCGCCCGGCACUCCACCGGUAGUCUCCAACGCUGGAUCAGCCUCCUCCAGCCUAAGUCUGCCGGCGGGCAGGCGCGGCCACAAGCGCAGCGUCUCCCUGGAGAACAACGCCCCGCUCGCACUGCGAAGCACCCCCAACCUGGGCCAGUCGACGCUAGGGUCCCCCCUGCUCCACUUCAGCCAGGGGAAUCCCGGGCAGGGGCAACCCUUCCACACGGGCACCCUCAAGUCGCGUCAGGAGCAGCGUCGCCUCAGCCAGAAGUUCGGCAGCCACAACAACUUGGACGACGAGGGCGUGGGCGGGAGCGGGGGUGUGGGCAUGCAGAUGCGAAGCAAGUUCCAGAAUAUCCGGCAAAUGUUUGAGCUGAGCCGCAGCUGCGUGGUCGGAGGGAGUGGCGGCGGGAGUGGCAGUGGCGCAGCGAGCAGCGGCCCAGCCGCCGAGGAGGAGGGGCUCCAAUCUCUGCCAGCAAUGCUCUCCCAGCAGCAACAGCCGCUGCGUCGGACCACGCCUAUUGCCGGCGGAAGUCGCCACCACCAGGGUGAGGCGGAACAGAAUGGAAACUUUCUGCGGCCAAUCGCCUUCAAGCCGAUUCCGUUCGAGCCGGACUACCGCAUCGCCUGCCAGCAGCAACAACAGCAACUGCAGCAGCAGCACCAGCAACAGUUGCCACCGCAGGUGGCCGGACAAGUAGGGGAGCGGUACGGCUAUGGAUCGACUCCCUCGCUAGCCCCACUGCCUGCCGUUAGCCAAAAGUUUGGCAGUACUACCGAUCUACGUCAUCUUGCUGCCCGACGACGUAAUCACCGCAUCCUGCAACGCUCCAGCAACGAAGAUGCCUUGACCCUUGACCUCUUGGGAAGUGGAAGCCAUGACAGACCCGAUGGGGCGAGCAGCAAAAACAGCGGCACAGUAGUGGCCAGCAGUGAUCUGACGCCGUCGCCCUCGGACUCCGGGAUCUCGGAGCUGGAGGCGGCGCUCAAGGACCGUGACUCGGACCUCUCCUAUCUGCGUCAGGCCGUGGAGCACAAUACAAAGGACAAGGAAGUUAACUGGGAGCAGGACAACCAGCGCCUGAGGCUCUUCUACGAAGGACAGCAGCGGGAGAGCCAGCUGAAGCUGCGCAAGAUGGAGCAGCUCCUCGGGCUGCAGCAGUUCCAGCUGAAGCAGCACAAGCUGCGCCAGUCGGAGCACGUCGGCCGGCUGCAGCAGCAACUGGAUCACUCCCACUGCACCUCGCAGCAGCUGCAGCAGCAGCUGGAGAGCCUCAGGACGCAGCUAGAGGACAGCGAGUGGCGGGUGUGCGAGCGCAACGGGGAGAUAGCACUGCUAAAGACACAGCUCAAGGAGGCACACCUGGAAAUCAAUGCCAAGGACCAUGCGAUUGUCAGCCUGAAGCACAACAGGAUCAGUGGUAACAGCAACUCUGACCCAACCACAAGCCAAAGUCAACCAAAGCAACAGGCCUCGGAGGAGCAGAGGCAGCAGCAGCUCAAAUCCUCUAUUGACACGCAGCAACUGCAGAAGAUAAUCGCCCUCAAGGAUCAGGUGAUCGGGGCUCUCACCAGCGAGCUGGCGAAGCUGCGGAAGGAACUCUCAGAUCUGGCCAUUGCCCACGAAUACGGCGAGGAGCCCUGCGGGCGCUACACACGGCUGAAGCAGCAGCUCGACAAUCUCAACGAGAUCUGCCAGAAGACACGCAGCUGCACCUCCUCGUCCCCAGCACCUGCACCCCAGGAGCUGCCCAAGCUGGAUGCCCUGGUGCAGGGCCUGCAGAUCGACCCGGAGCAGGGGGGAAAGUCCCAUCAGCCGCUGCAGCCUCCACAGCAGACGCUGGACACGCUGAUCGAGGAGUCCACCACGUAUGCGGAGGACAUUGCCAAGCUGCGCCAGAAGCUGGACGACUUCCGGCUGAACCUCGAGCUGGAGAAGCGUCAGUGGAGCGCCGAGAAGGACAAGGUGCUGGGCUACCAGAAGCAGCUGCAGGCUCACUACAUCCACAUGUACCAGAAGCUGCGCUGCCUGGACUCCCAGGUAGAGGCCGGAGCUCCAAAAGAGGAUGGCAAGGGCGGAGGCCAAAGGCCGAAGGCUGCCAACGGGCACUAGAGAGAGAAGCAUCAAGUCCUUGCUCCAAAAAGAUACAAAAUCUAUAUCGACUUUUACCACUCCAGGACUUGCAGUGGCUCUCUAAUAUUUUUUUGACAAUUACGCAUAUUUAAUUUUUGUUUUUAUUAUUUUACAAAUAUAUAUGUAUAUGUAUACGUUUAAUUUAUUAAAUGUAAUUACACAGAAGACGAAUUUGUGAUUCUGCAUACGUGGAGUAGUCGUAUGUGUGUUGAAUAUAAUAUUUAUAAGGAGCUGCUCGCCACUCCCCACAUAAUGUAUAUGCAAUAAAAUGAAAAUAAAAAU